AAAACGGAUGCAAGUGAACUCCGUUUAACUCGCUCUCUUCCCGUUGCCUUUCGUCUGCGAGAAGAAAGAAGAAGAAGAAGAAGAAGCGUGCCCUUCAGCGAGGGAAGACACAUAUGCGGAUUCUUUCAGCCCGUUCUGUUCCCUUUUGGUCUCCAGGAUGAGCUUUCAUCUCCGGGGCCUCGUCGACUCCCUGACUUCUUACUUUUCUGGUCGACCAAAUCCGGCAGCUUCGGUGGAGCGGCAGGAGCAACCGCCGCCGCUUGAUCAGAAGAUGGAAGGCGUUCUGCCAGCCGUCCCCAAUGAACGGGUCGCGAACAAGCUCAAGGGAUACUUCGACCUGGCGAAGGAGGAGAUAGACAAGGCCGUCCGCGCCGAGGAAUGGGGUUUGGCCGACGACGCGGUCGUUCACUAUAACAACGCCCGAUCGAUCCUGUCCGAAGCCAAGUCUGCGCGGGCUUCCUCCUUCGUCUCCUCCAGUGAACAGGAGAAAGUGAACUCGUAUUAUCAAAAGAUAUUGAAGUGGGAAGGGCAAGUUUUAGAUAGGCUACAAGUUCUUAGACGACGUUCAGUUCAUGGCAACACAUUGAUGGAUAAGAAUGCCUCUGGUUAUACAUCCCCACGGAUGAAAUCUAUCCCUAAGAGCACAGGAUUGGAAAAACCAGUUUAUGCUGCAUCAAGUGUUGCUCCUCCAAAAGCAGUUAAUACCACGAGAAGCUCAAAAAUGAUUCCUAUAGGGAGAUCGCUAUCUAAUCAAGAGCAGAUAAGUAGCUAUGAUGCCAAACUUGUUGAAAUGAUAAACAGUGCAAUAAUUGACCGAAGUCCUGCCGUUAAAUGGGAUGAUGUUGCCGGUCUUGAUCAAGCAAAACAAGCAUUGCUAGAAAUGGUUAUCCUUCCAACAAAGAGGAGAGAUUUAUUCACUGGCCUUCGAAGACCAGCUAGAGGAUUGCUUCUUUUUGGUCCACCUGGCAAUGGAAAGACUAUGCUUGCAAAAGCUGUUGCUUCGGAAUCAGAGGCAACAUUUUUCAAUAUUUCAGCAUCUUCCUUGACUUCAAAAUGGGUGGGAGAGGCUGAGAAACUUAUGAAGACUCUUUUCUCUGUUGCCGUUGCUAGACAACCAUCAGUUAUUUUUAUUGAUGAGAUUGAUAGUAUUAUGUCUGCAAGGGAGGCAAAUGAAAAUGAGGCAAGCAGAAGGCUGAAAUCAGAAUUCUUAGUUCAAAUUGAUGGUGUGGCAUCUAACUCGAAUGAUCUGGUGAUUGUGAUAGGUGCAACUAAUAAGCCUCAGGAAUUGGAUGAUGCUGUUCUUAGGAGAUUGGUGAAGAGAAUAUAUGUUCCCUUGCCUGAUGAAAGAGUAAGAAGGCUUCUUCUGAAGCAUCAGCUAAAAGGUCAAGCUUUCUCUUUACCUGAUCAUGAAAUUGAAAGACUUGUGAGAGAAACCGCAGGAUAUUCUGGUAGUGAUUUGCAAGCUUUAUGUGAAGAAGCUGCGCUGAUGCCAAUCAGAGAACUUGGUCCACAGAUUCUCCAUAUUAAGGCAAAUCAGGUGCGGCCUCUGAGAUAUGAAGAUUUUCAGCAAGCCAUGGCUGUCAUUAGACCGAGCACGGUGAAGCACAAGUGGGAAGAACUUGAACGUUGGAACAAGGAAUUUGGAUCCCGUUAAGAAUUGGGCAUGUUUUCUGAUGCUGCAAACUCAUCGCCGUCAUCAUCACAAUGAUAGAUGCCGUACUUUCAGCUGAAGUGGCAUUUCUUCCGUUUUAACGCAGAAGUGAUCGACUAACCAUGAGAUUGCCUAUUGAUUAUCCAUCCCUGCAUUGGGUUACACUCGCUGCUUAGCUGAUGUAGCGGGAAAGGUCCUGUGCGUUGUUGCAGACGAUUGUAUAUAUUGUUGUUGUUUUUUCCCUUGAUUCUUUCUUUUGUUGAUAUGGUAAAUUGGUCCUUUGUGUGCGUAACAGAGUUGAUUGGUAAUAAAUGGCACAAAGGUGUUCCACUUCUGGUCUA